AUGUUUUUAUUCAGAGGUAAAAACACCAAAGAUUCUGAAGUCCCAAAAAUCCCUGACUCAGAUAACCAGGUCCAAAUUCAAGCUUUUAUUAAAAGUAUGUGCUUAUUGCUGACAAAAGAAUGAAAAAUCUCAGAAGAAUUUUCUAAAGCUAUUGAAUUCCUAAGUGAGCAUUGUGAGCAUAGCCAAGAUUACAUAAUAAAAUAUCUGAUUCCAUACUGGGAAGAUAUAUUGAAAAAUUCAAUUCAGAAUCCUAGCUCCCCCCUUUAGGUUGGAUAAAAAAAUCUAUUUAAAUUCUGAUUAAUUUUUUUUCAAAAACAUUUAAUAAAACAAUUUUGAACUUCAAAAAAUUUGAAAAAAAAUUAUUCAAAAAUUAACCGAUUCAGUAUGAAAACUGUUUAAAUAAUAUUAAUUUAGUAAAAUUAAAAUUUUAUAAAAGUUGGUAAAAUUUCUUUUUGAAAAAAAAACUUUAAAGGUGGUUAAAGUACCUAAUAAGUGAAAAAUUUUACCUAUAUUUUGUUCCAAUUUAAAAGGGGAGUGAACAAAUUUCACCAAUUCUAGACAUAACCCAAUCCUGCUCUGAAAAAUUUCCAAACUUAUUCAACAAUUUCAACCAUUUGCAUCAAUUUUUAGAAAUUCUUCAAGGAGAAUUUGAGCCUAUCGACAAGCACAGAAUUCUAGUCACUUUACGAUAUAUCAGUAAUUGUGAAAAAUCUUUGUUAUCAGAAUUUGUGCUUCAAAAUAAAAGCUUAUUGGCUAUUUUACAAGAAUUUCUUAUGAGCACUGCUGAUUAUUUGAGAAAUGAAUCAAUUAUUUUAUUGAGGAAUAUUUCUAUAAAUAAUGACGAAUUAUGCAAAGAUUUAGGAUUUCAAGGACUUUUUGAAAAUUUAUUAGAAAUUAUUAGACUGGAAGAAGGAAAAAUAAUCGAGGAUUGUUUGGAACUAAUGAAAACGCUACUGUCUGAAUAUAAUAAAAAUUUUAUAAGAGAAAUUUCUGUUCUGAUUGAAAGAUUAAGAUCACUUCUUGUCCCAGGGAAAAAAAUGAGUGAUAAAACGUUAGAUUUUAUUAUUUAUGCAUGCAAAGAUAAAUCUGGGAAACCAAUAUCAAGUAACCAAAUGUUUUUUAGUGAGCUUCUCCCUGAUAUUGCUAUCCUAGCUUUUCCUCAAAAUCCAAAAGAAACUCAAAAUUUGCUUGCGAUUGAAUUAAUGUCGAUUCUUUUGCAAGGAAAUCUAUCAUUGAUAAAAUCAAUUAUAAACCCAAGCCAUAUUGAAUUAUUUGAGCUUCUUGAGUCUAUUCCUAUUUAUUGCUUAAUUGGAAACUGCUGAAAAGAGUCUUUUAGUUUAUUAUGAAAUUUGACGAAGCUUAACCAAGAUAUCCAAAGCGCGAUUUUAUCAAAAAUUACUUGUAUGCCUGGGUAUGUAAAAACGGAAAAUAAAAUCCCAUCAUUUAAUUACAUUUUAAAUGAGUGGCUUGAAGAUUCAAUACUUCCUGAAAGGCUGACUAAAUUAUUGGAGCUGCUAUUAAUUAAUAACGAAAUAAGUAAAGAGCUAGGUGCAAAUCUUCCAAUUGAUUUAAAUUCUGGGACUUUACUUUUGAAGGUAUUUAAUUUAUUAUUGGAAAAUAUAUUGACGACUUCUUCUGUGAAGGUGCUGCAUUAUGCAAGAUUGUUAUUAGUGUGGAUGAAUAAAUCUCCAAGCUCAUGCAAUAAAAUUCGAUCAGAUUUAGACAAAAAUAUUGAGCUUGUUCUCGAUUAUAUACAAAAAGAAGAUGGAAUAGCUCAAUGCUUAUGCUUAUGUCUCCUUGGAAUCAUAGGAAUAAAUAAUGAUGAUGGUAUGAUAAUCCCCAAAUUAGCGCUCCGAAAAAUAGGCUACACAGAUGCAUGCUCCAUUAUUGACAAAUUAUUCAAACAAAAAGACUUUACUAAAAAUGAACAAAAAUCAGACCUUUGGCUUGAAGACAGCAUAUACUCAUUUUGCCUUUUAAAAGAAUACAGGCCAGUUUCUCAAGCAGUUAAAAAGGUGUUUUUAAAAGAAAUCACUGAUAGUGCUCCAGAAAGUGAAAGCGACUUAGCUAAACUAGUCCAAGCCCAAGACAUACUUAUAUCAAAUCUCCAAAAUAUGAGAAAAGGCGGCCAAUCAGAAGAACUUGAAAAUUUAUCUACACAAAUAAAGCAAUUAAAUGAAAAAAAUUCAGAAUUAAAAUCUGAGCUUACAAAUGAAAGGAUUUUAAAUGAGGAAUUAAAAAGUAAAUGUUUAUCAUUGAAUUUAGAAAAGAAAAGAGAAGUCAGAGGAAUUUUUGAAGCUAUGGUAAAUUUGCAAGAAAAAUAUGAAAUUUCUGAGUAUGAAAAAGAAUCAUUGAUAAGAGAAAAUAAAAAAUUAUUCGCAGUUAAUGAAAGACUGAGAGGAGAAAAUAAAGUUUAUACAGCAAAAAGACCGGAAAUUGUGAGCAGCAUACAGAUGCUUGAAAUUAAAGAACAAAAUAAGAGUCUUGAAGCAGAGAUUGAGUAUUUAAAAAAUCAGCUGAGAAAUAGAGAAAUAGAAAAUAAAGAUUUAUUAGAGCUGGUGGGAAAGCAAAAUUCACAAAUAGAAGGAAUAAAAAUUCACCUUCCUGAGCUAUCAGAAGAUCAAGCAAAACUUGAUCAGGAACCUAAAAGCACUCAAACUGACUUUGAAAAAGAUUUAAGCAGCCAAUCAUCACAAACUGAGUCUCUUAUAAAAUUUGAUAAUAGAGAUAGCAAUGAUCAAGAUACACAAACUGUUGAUGGAAAUGAUAGGCUGAUCGCAAUUACUCAGACAGAAAAACAAAAAAUGGUCUCAGAACUAAUUUCUAUGCAUUUUGUCCCAGGGAAGAAAAAAUUCUAUAAAAACCAAAAUAUGCAGUGUGGAGGUGAGCGAAAAAUGAAAAUAGAAAAAAUUAAGCCACAAGUCUUUUGCAGAGCUGUGCCAAUUAACAAAAAUAAAGAGCCACAAAAGCUAAUGAGAGAUGAGAACGUUAGAAAAGAAGAAAAAAGCUUGAAGACAGAAGAACCAGUAAAAUUAAAGACGUCUGGAAAGAAAGAAGAACCAAAUUUAAUAAAAAAUGAAAUUAAAGAGCCAAUAAAAAUUGAACAAAAAGAAUCAAAAGUGACAGUUGCUCCUGAAAAGACCAAAGAACCAAUUGCAACUAAGCAUGAAAGUCCUAUAUUGCAAACAAAAGCUGAACCAUUAAAUCUAGACAUCCCACUAAAAGCAGAAGAGCAGCCUAUAAAAGCAAACAAAAUUGAAGCUAUUGAUAAAAUUAAUCCAAACAAGACUGAGCCUCAACCAGCCAAGCCAAAAAAAGUUCUUCCUCCUCCACCUUUUAAAUCAAUAAUAAAAGAAAAAACUCCUAAAGUAGCAUUAAAACAAGAAAAAGAUACAGCUGAAAACAAAAUGGAAGAUAUCGAUUUACAUGAACAGCCUUCUCCAAGCAAAUCAGAAACUAAAAAAGAAUUAUCACCUGAAGUUAAAAAAUCAAAAAUUCAUCCAAUUAUCGCAGAAUUUGAGCCAAAUAUUAACGAAGAUUUACUGAUGAAUCCUACUUAUAUCUCAGUAUUCAAUCCAAUAGAGGCCAAUUCUGAGCCAAAACCUCAAUUUUCAUCUAAUUAUGAACAAGCUGAAAGCUUAGAUGCUCCUCCUAUGAACUUUUUUACUUCCUCAUCAAAUACAGCAAAAAAAGAGCCAGAUAAUGUUCCUGUAGAAGCUAAAGAGGCAGCCUCUUUUGGUACAGAUGCGCCUCCUUUGCAUUUUUAUUCCCAAGCAAAAAAAGAAAGUGCUCCUGCGGCUUCGUCAAGCAUUUCUGCUGGAUCAAUAUUUGUACAUAGGAAUUAUCUAAAACCAGGGCAAUCAAAAGUUUCAUCAGCUGGCCCUUUGAAAAACCCAUUCCAGUCUGAGGCAAUAAUCACGAAUCCGUUUGGAAAAGAUAAUCCAGACAGAAAAAAUGAAAAUUCAGCUGUGUCAUUAAGCGAAAACCCGUUUCAAGGAGAAUUAGCUAGCAAAGAACUGGUAGAUAAAAAUCCACUCAAAAGAGAAGUAGUUAAAACUCCAUUUCAAGGCGAGCCAGCUAAAAAUCCAUUUCAAGGCGAGCCAGCAAAAAAUCCAUUUCAAGGCGAGCCAGCUAAAAAUCCACUCAAAGGAGAGGUAGCUAAAACUCCAUUUCAAGGUGAGCCAGCUAAAAAUCCAUUUCAAGAGGUAGCUAAAAAUCCAUUUCAAGGUGAGCCACUUAAAGAUAUAUUUCAAGGAGAAUCAGCUAAAAAUCAAUUUCAAGGCGAGCCACUUAAAGAUCUAUUUCAAGGAGAAUCAACUAAGAAUCAAUUUCAAGGCGAGCCACUUAAAGACACAUUUCAAGGAGAACCAGCUAAAAAUCAAUUUCAAGGCAUGCCACUUAAAGAUCCAUUUCAAGGAGAACCAGCUAAAAAUCCAUUUCAAGCUAAAAAUGCAAUUCAUGCGGAGCCAGCCAUUAGAAAUGCAUUUCAAGGUGAACUAGCAAAAAGUUCAAUUCAAGCUGAUCCAAUCAUUAAAAAUCCGUUUCACAGUGAGUUAUCUACUAAAAAUCCAUUUCAAGCUGAAGAAGCAAGUAAAAGUCUACCUCACCCUGCAAAUAUAGCCAAAAGUCCAAUUCAAGUUGAGCCAACUAUUAAAAAUCCAUUCCAGUUCGAGGAAAUAAUUACAAACCCAUUUAGCAAUGAAGACUCAGAGCCUAAAAAAUUAGAAACUAAGGAAGAUGCCCUUUCAUUUUUUUAUAAGAUUUCUGAAAGCACACCAAAGAAUUUUUCUUCAUUUUUCUAA